UAUCCGGAAGCACAUGAAGGAAAACACUGGUGUCCACCACAUGUGGAAACAUGAGCAGUAGAUGAAUUAAAUAAGUUUAACUUUAUGUCUCGUGUUUCUGCUGACGGUGUGAAUCUGUAGUUUUCUGACAGGACCUUUGGUUUAGUUUGAAGAACAAACAUGGCGGACAUGGACGUCAUCAAGCUGCCGGAGACGGAGCCGAGAGAACCGGCCAAGAAGAAGAGGACUCGACCACCGAAGGUUGACCCCGAGGAAGAGGAGCAGAAGCGGCAGAAGAACGUGAAGAGGCUGGCGGUGCUGGGGGAGAAGGACAGCUCGGUGAAGCUGCUGGAGGAGCUGGUGUUCGGGGCGGAGGACGAGCUGGUGGAGAGACUGGUAGAGGAGGACGAGGAGCAGACUGAAACCUUAUUGGUGGAGGACAAAGACGAUGAGUCCGGUGAAUCGGAGGACGAGGACGAGGCUCGUACACAGCUCCAGCCGGCCAGAAAAGCUGCCUGGGUGGACGAGGAUGACGAGCUGGAUGAAGAGGUGGACAUGAAGCAUCGUUACCGCAGUGACCUGAUCAGAGGAGAGGCUGAGUCCACCAUGUCCAAACAGAAACUGCAGCAGAGGAUGAGAGAGCAGUUUCAGAAGUCAAUGGGAGGAACGCCGUCAUGGGCAGAGAGCGGCGUGAAGAAGACGAAGAGAGCUGAUGAUGAUGAUGAGGAGGAGGAGGAAGAGGAAGACGAAGAUGAUGAGCUGCUGAGGAGGACUGGAAACUUUGUGGCGUCAUCAGACAGUCUGCCCAGAGGCAUCCUGAGGAUGAAGAAAUGUCUUCAUGCUAACAGUGCCCGUCCUUCAGAGGACAGACUGACCACCGUCCAGUUCCACCCCUCUGCUCAGGUUGUCAUGACAGCUGGCCUCGACCAAUCAGUGUCCCUCUUCCAGGUGGAUGGAAAGACGAACCCAAAGAUCCAGAGCAUCCACCUGGAGAGGUUCCCCAUCCACAAAGCUCAGUUCAGCCAGGACGGACAGACGGUGAUCGCCACCAGCCUGAAGAACAAGAUGUUUUACCUGUACGACAUGAUGGAGGGCCGGAUCACACCUGUCCACACUGUCAGAGGUCUGAAUGAAGCCAGAGUGAAGGAGUUCUCUGUGUGUCCUGAAGGAGGCGCUCUGCUCCUCACUGGGACCAACGGAUACCUGCACCUCCUCACGCUCCAGACGAAGGAGGUGGUUCGCAGUAUGAAGAUAAACGGUGAUGUCAGCGGCGUCGCUUUCUCUCACGACGGCAGCAAAGUGUUCGCCCAGUCAGCGGACGGGGAGGUGUAUGUGUGGGACAUGCGCAGCAGUCGGUGUGUUAACAGGUUCACAGAUGAAGGCUGUGUGAAGGGGACGUCCAUCGCUGCCUCGCGGAACGGACAGUACCUGGCCUGCGGCUCUCAGUCGGGCGUGGUUAACGUGUACUCCCAGGAGGCGUGUCUAAAGUCAGCCAAUCCCAAACCUCUGAAGGCUGUGAUGAACCUGCUGACCUCAGCCACCUCUUUGACCUUUAACCCCUCAUCUGAGAUCCUGGCCAUCGCCUCCCGAGUCGAGGACGAGGCCACACGACUGGUCCACCUGCCCAGCCUCACUGUCUUCUCCAACUUCCCCGUCUCUAAGAGGAAGUUCGUUUAUCGCGCCAGCUGCCUCGACUUCUCCCCUCACAGCGGCUUCUUCUCAUUGGCUAACAACAAAGGACACGCCCCUCUCUUCAGGUUGCUUCAUUACAAAGACUUCUGAGGAAGAACUCGAGGCUGAAACAUCUCGAGUCUCUGCGGCUCAGCUCCGACCUGCUCAAAGGACCAAAUCAAGUUUCACAGCUGAUUCCUGUCAGAUCAUUUUCUAAAUCAUCACAUCACAUCUCUGAGGUUUCAUCCUUUAACACAGCAGCAGGGAAACAUUUCAAACUCCAGACAUAAAGUUUUAAAUCUGGAAGGUGAGUUUAGUGGAAAUGAAGAGAAGUCAACAGUCAGUCUAAGAACUGACGGAUGAUUUGGGAAAAGAGACAGAGGGUUGACAGGAUAUUUAGUUCUUGGGGCUGAAACAUGAAAACUUCCUGUGGAGUGACGGGACUGAGAGGUUGUUCGUAGGAAAGAGUGGAGACAUGUUUGUUUUUUAUUCUCUGUAUGAUGUGAUUGUAUAAAAGAACUGAAACACUUCAA